AUGCUCAAAAGUUUGAUUUCUACAUCAGUUGUCACAGUUCUCGCACUAGUCUUUGGGAUAGCUGUUAUCGUGCCGCUAAUGACCGACCGCAAGGGCUCCAAGUCCAAACACACCCACCACGUUCCCAAAGAGGACCAUUCCAGAAUCCCGGCACUCGACUUUGGUAGCAUUCUCGACUACACCUCUGGAGACUUCAAGGUUAAGGUAUCGAGUUCCAGUUUCACGCAUGAAUUCAUCAAAUACUCUCACCAGCCGGAACAGGGCGGACUCUUUCUGGUGGACAAAUUCAAGUACCACGAGCUCGAACUCUCUGGAAUAACAUUCUCUGAGCCUCUACUCGACGUUCAUGUCUACUUCAGGAAUUAUCCCUUCGCUCCUCUGUUGGUGGAACUCACUGUACCUGGAGAUGACAAGCCCGGUAGAAUCUUCUUAAGGAGCAACGGCGACGGCUCCUUCUACAAGAAGACGGUCGGAGAUGUGCUCUUUGAGCUAGACAUGGUGGUAGAAACCCUAUACAGCAUGAUCGUUGUCUACAUCGACAAGGACUCCUGGUACAAGUACUAUGACGUUAUAGUCGACGUUACCAAGACGGAAGACAACCCUGCACCAGGCUACGACUCGUAUCUGCAUGACAGAAAGUUCUUCCAGCCAAUGGGAGUCACUGACUUUUAUGACGGACGCAAGAGACUAUCCGGUCUCCCAACUGGAGGGGACAUCCAAAAUGUCAUGGUCUACGUCUCAAGAGAAGGUCGUGUGCCUCUCAUGAUCAGAACAGCUCGUGCUCCCUUCUACCCCAAAACAGAGUACAUUUCCUACAGCUACUACUUUAGCAACGGAGAUGGAAGCUGGACACAGUACACUUCAAACCUAACAAAGAGACAGUUGAAGAUCAAACUCGAUGAAGUCAAGGGAAGAUUAGUCCCACCUCAACCCAAAAAAGGAGAAAAAGACUUUUAGACACUCCAGUGGAUACCGCAUGGACAGCACACUUUGUACAUAAUCACAUGCACAAUUAUCACAGGCGUCCGUUG